AUGUCGUCGCCGCCGUCGUUUUCCUCACUUCCCAUCGACAUCGUCGUGGAAAUCUUAGCUCGCGUCCCGAAACGCUCUCACCCGAUCCUCUCUUGCGUCUCCAAGAACUUCAGCCGUCUUGUUCGUUCGCCGGAGAUAUACAAGAUUCGCUCUCUCCUCCGCAAAGACUCACUCUUCAUCUGCUUCGUCGGCAAAACGGGUGCGCAAUGGUUCACUCUCCGAAGAGCUGAGAACAACAACCCGACGACAGAAGAGAAGAACCGCUUCGUCUCCAUCGACCUCGCGUUUCCUUCUCAGACCGAGCAAGAACCCUGCGUCGUCGCCAUAGGCCCGGAAAUAUUCUUUAUCUGUGGAUCAUUCAAUCCUUCGUCAACCAUGUGGAUUCUUGAUUCAAGAACCGGGACGUUUCGCCAAGGACUUAGCUCGAGAGCUGAAAGGCUAUGCAGAAGCGUGGGUGUAGUCGGAAGCAAGGUGUACGUGAUCGGGAUCUAUAGAGACGCCGACGAGAUGCACGUGGAGUCAUUUGACACGAAGACGCAGACGUGGGAGCUAGCGCCGGUUCCUGAGGAUCAAGGCUGGUGGUGGAGCUGGGCCCCAACUGUGUCGUUGAACAGGAAAGUUUGUGCGUUACGUGUUUCUGGCAAUGCUAGGUGCUACGAUCCUAGAGACGGGUCUUGUGAGAGUUUAGGUUUGCCUAGUAAGGAUAAAUGGUUGUGCAGAACGGGUGCUUGUGUGAUGAACAAUGUGCUCUACGUUUAUUACGCUAGGUUCGGGCUCAUGUGGUAUGACUAUGAGAUGAGGCUGUGGAGAGUGGUUAGUGGUUUGAGUCAUCUCAAAAAGGUUCGGUCUGUUGCGAUGGCGGAGUAUUACGGAAAGUUGGCGUUCUUGUGGGAAGAUGUUGAGGUUGGUGUGAGUGGUAAAACUAAGGAGGUUUGGUGUAGAAUGAUUGCUUUGGAGAGGAGUGAAAGAGGGGUUCAUGGGAUUGCUGAAGCGUCUCAACUUCUGGGGAGUGUCCUUCGUGGCUAUAUACUGCAUCAUUGUCUCUCUGUUUCAGAUUAA